AUGUCUUCGAUCAUCCUCCACAUAGCCGUUCUCAUUUUUUCCAUGUCCUCAUGGCUAAGCGUUAACGCCAUUUUCACUCAAUUGCCGAUUUUGGCGAAUGUUGCACCCGAAUCGUGGAACAUUGCUUCAUAUUUGGUGCUGAUCAUUCAAAUCUCUUGUGUAAUCCCGCUCUUGUACGGGAUUGUUAAGCACCGUUUUCCACAAUUAAUAAAAACUUAUGAGAAUUACUUGAUUUUGUUCCUGCUUUUGGUAACAGUGCUUGGACUUUUCCUAACGACGCUCACGUUUAAAGAAAGAUGGGAGCUUUUUCAGGCAAAGCACGCAGUCCCAUUGUUGCUUGUGCUUUUGCUCGUCUCAAUCCCCUGCACAACAUCCGACGUCUUAUUCUUGCCGUAUAUGUCGCAUUUUCAUGAUCCACACCUACUAACAACUUUCUUCGUUGGAAUGGGCCUCGGUGCACUCAUUCCAAGUGCUCUUUCUUUUGUGCAGGGAUCACCUACUGUUACAUCAAUCACAGACAACUCAACCGGACGAAUCACAUUUAAUAUUGACGCUCGACUCUCGUUCGAGCAUUUUAUGUAUAUAAUGGCUGCUUGCUGUGUUUUGUCGAUUCUCGCUUUUUUCUAUUUGAUUCAUUGGGUACGGUACAAUUCGGGUGAUCACACGCCGGCAAAGUUUGCUCCUGUAGAAACGGUUGACACGGAAAAGAAACCAAUCAUUCUUGGCACAAAGAUGCUUGUCUUGUUGGCGCUGAGUUUUUGUGUUGGAGCUCUGCAGAACUCGCUGUUGCCCGUACUCUUGCAGUAUGCUGCUCAAGCUUAUGGUCAAGAGACUUACCAUCUUGCGAACACGUUAUUUGUGAUGACGAAUCCGGUGUUUUGCUUGGCGCAACUAUUCAUCACCAUUCAACGAAUACACUUUUUCUUGGCGCUUUUCUCAGCCAGCAUGGUGCCAACGAUUUUCAUCGCAGUGUUAGCUUGCUUAAGUGAACGAUUGGCAUGGGCUGGAGCUGAAGCAAUGCUAUGUAUAAGUGCCGGUUUGGGCGCUGGUCUAUUAUCAUGGUCGAAAACAGCUCUAGCACAAUCAUUACGAGCCACCGAGCAUCCAAGAGCUUUAUUCUGGUGUGGAGCCGCGAUUCAAACUGGAUCCUGUGUUGGUGCUCUGGUGAUGUUCUGCUUAGCCAAUUUGCUUCACGUUUUCCCAGCAUCU